GAGAGGGGGUAGCUGUGUCCGGGCGCGGCUGUGGCGCCGUUCCGCGACUCGCGGGGUCACGGCCUCCCCUGUUGCUCCUCCUCGCUCGGGGCUGGGCAAUUCGGCUUCCUGCGGUGAGCGAGCGAGCGAGACGGGAUCCUUCUCUCUCCCACACCGAGCGAGAGAGCGAGAGAGCGAGAUCCUUUCCCCAAUACCCCGACGAGAGCGCCGUCUGGCAUCCACAGCUGGAGGCUCUUCACUCUCCUGGCCGAGCGGGUGCCACCCCCUCCCCGAACCCAGCCGCACUCCAAGCGAGAGUCCCCCUCGCUCUGCUCACCCCGCGGGCUCUCGGCGCUCCUCGACACCCGGCGAGAACGCAGCUAUCACGAUGAUGCGCCUGGAGGGGCAGCGGGUCUCGGCGCUCGGCGAGCGCGGAGUCCCGUGCGGGGACAAACCGCGCACUGCGUAAAAAGUCGCCGAAAUCCACCGCGCUCCCUCCCGCCCAAGGUCCCCCAUCCCCCCCUCCCUCCCCCCCCCCGCGUGGAGAGAGAAGCCGGGCGGGAAAGGUUGGAACCGCCGAGUGCAAUCGCGUCCCGACCCACUUCGGUUCGGCUUGGUCCGGAGCGCGCCCCCCCCCCCCGCACGCUGGGGGGUGGGUGGGGAGGUCAAUGGCGAGGAGGGCGGACGCGCGCAGCCUCAUCCGCCUCCGACAGUCGGACGAGGGCGAUGGGGGCCCGGGCGGGGGAAUCGUCGAGGCAGGGUCCACGGGGGUCGCUCAACGCUCGCCCGAGCUGCUCAAGUGCGUGGUGGUGGGAGACGGGGCCGUGGGCAAGACGUGCCUCAUCAUGAGCUACGCCAACGACGCCUUCCCGGAACAGUACGUGCCAACCGUGUUCGACCACUACGCAGUGAAUGUGAAAGUUGGUGGAAGUUGCUAUCUCCUGGGUCUCUAUGACACGGCGGGACAGGAGGACUAUCACCAGCUCCGGCCUCUCUCGUACCCGAACACGGACAUGUUCAUGAUCUGCUUCUCAGUGGUGAACCCGGCCUCCUACCACAACGUCAAGGAGGAGUGGGUCCCAGAGCUGAGGGCCUGCUGUCCCGAUGUGCCCUACCUCCUGGUCGGCACGCAGAUUGAUCUGCGAGAUGCAACCAAAACCCUCAUGAGACUAAAAGAGCUGAAGGAGAAGCCCAUGACUCACCAACAAGGAGUGAAGCUCGCAAAGCAGAUAGGUGCGCACUGCUACUUGGAGUGCUCGGCGCUCACUCAGAAGGGGCUCAAGGCUGUGUUUGACGAGGCCAUCCUGACCAUUCUGCAGAGGAAAAAAUGCAAGCGCUCGACGCGUUGCCGCUGCUGCACCAUCACGUGAGUUGGCCCACGUCCGCGCCAAGGAUUGUCGGCGGAACACGGACAAGUGCAGACGCCGUAGGAGGUGGCAAUUUUUUUGACAAUCCGAGUAGCGCUAAGCUGGAGUUGAAGCUUCUCAAGCCGAUCACAGUAUUUAACAAGAUUCGAUGCCUGCACCGUGAGCAGUGAAUGCUCGGCUUUUAAAAAGCUCUAAAAGAUGAGAAGUUCAUCAAAGGUUGAUUUAAACCCGGGAAAAGAAGACGAUGCAUAGAGCUCAUAUCAUUUUAAUUAAACCCUUGGUAAUAGCCUGUGUGAGUUUCAUUUUUACAAAUUAAACAUUUAAAUCUGAAUAUUUAAAAUAUGGUGUAUGUGUUGUGCUUCUACAUGACUUGACAUUGAUAUAUGUACAAGAGCUGUUGGAGUUUCAAGGUUUUACUUUGACAUCUGAAAAUGUUAUAUUGUAACGUUUUUUUUUAAUCUGAUAUUUUAUUCAGUAUUCAAUUUUACGAGAAACUGUAUGCUCUUUUUACUUAGCAUAUGGCGUUGUUUUAACAGCACAUUAUUUGAGACUUUUUCGAAGGAAAUUAAAAUUCCAUUGGAACUUUUUUCGAUGUAUUUGACAAUAGAGUUUUACAAUGCAAUCAUUUAAAUAAAACGCCCUUGUUAUUUGAAAAUGACGUGAUGUGCUCGUGAAGCGAUAUUAUCGAUCCAGGGCUGAGUGCAUUUAUCUGUGCACAUUUUAUGCAAUGCGAUGUUAAAAAAUAAAUCCUCUAUUUUUUUGUAGAAUCAAAUGUUUUGUGCCGUGGUGCCUUUGAUACCUUUGUAAGGAGCUGUUUCUCCUCGAAGAAGAGCUUGGAAGCCAGUGCAAGUGAAAAUAAAGUUAUAUUUUAUACGUAUCGUGACACUUAUGCGUUUAAAUUUUGAUUUAAAGCUUUCGUGACUGCAGGGAUUCAUCUUCUUGGUUCUUUCGGUAAAGUCACGUAGAAUAGAAAUAAAAUAAUAAAAAUAAAACAUAAUACAUUUUAUUUGAGACUC